AAGGGAUAGUUCGUCGCGCAGGCGCAGUACGCGUGAUAGGAGAAACGUAAUCUAAAGCGUGGAUUCCAGCAAUUGUCAACGGAAACGAAGGAAGAUUAACCUUAUUCUGGAAACAAGUGGGAUUUGAAAAUGGCAGAGCGGGUGAAUAACUUUCCUCCACUGCCUCAGUUCAUGAGAAUUAAGCCAUGUUUUUACCAGGACAUUGACGAAGAAAUCCCUGUACCCCACCAGCUGCUGGUGAACAGAGUCUUCCUGCUUUGGAAGAUGUAUUGUGGCACACUCUUCCUAAAUAUGAUCGCGUGUGUUGCUUGGUGGGCUGGGGGUGGCGGUGCCAUAAACUUCGGUUACUCUCUCCUUUGGCUUCUCCUGUUCAGCCCCUGUAGUUAUGCCUGUUGGUUUAGACCCCUCUACAAAGGUUUCAGGGCUGACAGUUCGUUCAACUUCAUGGCCUUCUUCUUCACCUUCUUCCUUCAGUGUGUCUUGGCUCUCUUCCAAACUAUAGGCAUCCCCGGCUGGGGAACAUGCGGCUGGAUGGCGACAGUGGUGUUUUUCAGCACCAAUGUGGGCUCUGCUGUAGUGAUGUUAAUCACAACUCUGUGCUUCACACUGGUGACUGUUUUAAUGGCAAUAGUUAUCCUUAAGGUGCACAAAUUUUACCGUGGUGGUGGUGGGAGUAUGCAGCGUGCUCAGGAGGAGUGGACCACCGGGAUGUGGAAGAGUGCACCAGUGAGGGAAGCAGGUUUCAACGCAGCAGCACAUGCAGCCCAAGGCCCGAGCUUACCUCAAUACCCCACCACAGUGCCGAACUACCCUACCGACAAUCAGUGGUAAAGCCUGAGAGCCACCUCUAGAUGGAGACAGACUACUGGUCACGUCUGUGGUACACAGAAUAGUUUUUUUAAAGCAUCAUGUCAUGUCCCACAACUCAGAAAGUGCAUGAAGAAAUUUUCGAAUGAGAAGACAGGAUUGCUAUCAACGUUUUAGCAAAAGGUUUUGUCAGCACAGUACAUUACAAUCAUGUAUUUGUUCCAGAUUGUCUUUAAGAUAUACAAUUCCAUUUCAAUUAGUUAAAUGCAAUUUAUGAAAUGGAAUGAGAUUUAUUUACAGUUAUGAUUUAAAAAAAAAAAUUGCAAUGCAACAUGCAAUAAGAAAAUUGUUCCAGGCUGUGUGUAAAAGAUGUGUGCCUUAUGGAGGGAUUGUUUUUGUUGGUUGGCAGAGAUGCAUGCUAGAAGCCAUAGUACUGUAUGCUACUGAACAGGGUUUCUCCUUUUUUCUUUAAAAUAAGGAAAAUUCUGGAAGCUGCAUGUUUUUUUUUAUCUGGUGAAAUUCUUUUCUGUUUGCUUUAUGUAAACUGUUUCAACUUCAGGUUGCUUUUGAUACCUUGUGCUUCAUAUCUUUAGGUUUGACUGCUUUGGCUGCCUUACUUUUGCGUGCAGAACUGAAUAUGAGAAAGUUGCUUGACUUUUUGCCUUGAAUACUUUUUUUUCUUUUUAAAUGGGCGUAUGCUUCUCUGAAGUCAAGUUAUUGGUAUGUAAUCCUCCUUGGUGAUUUGUCAUUGAACACUGCUGUGCCAAAACACUUGUUUCUCCCAAUUUCAUUACUACUAAGUCACACCCACAGUACUCUGCCUCAGUAUUUCUGAGUUUUCGAGUCUAUUCACUACACUGUUUGGUUUAUUGGUUGUCGUUCUAAUGUGAAAGCAUCAGCUGCUGUCUCUCUUCCAGUCACUUUCCUUCUUCCCCAGAUAGACUGAAGUUAGAGGCUGUGGUCGACUUGCUUGCAGCUUAUUUUUUGUAAGAUGCCUUUUUAUUACAAAUGCAGUGACUUUGUGACCAAAUUGACACAUACCACCCAACUCGCUGACCCAGAUGGAUUUUUAUUCUGGUGAUGUCCCAUUGUCUCUAAAUAUCGUAUGGUGUUGGACAUAAACCCACUUUCUCAUUCCAGCAAUCCUCUGGCAAAGAAGCUGAUUAAAACCAAUGAAUGUGAGUUUUAACAAGAAAUAAAAGAAUUGACUUUUGUUGUGUCUGUCAACUUAAAGACCAAUGUACAAUCACCGGAAAGAAAAGGUGCCUGUUAUUUUACUUCUUGUAAGUGUGUUUAUUGUUUAAAUGUUUCUGGUUCAUUUUAUAGUUGACAUUAUACAAAGCAUAUGUAUGAAUCACCAUUUCAAUAAAUGUUUUGGUUACACCAUG